CACUUUAUCGUCGAUGCGAGAUAUCGACAUAUCGAUGACGGACAAUAUUGUUGUCUUCGAUGAAUUUGAUCUUUUCACUGAAACGUCCACGUGAAAUCAUCAAAAUGUUGAUGCCAAAAAAGAAUCGCGUAGCUAUUUAUGAGUAUCUCUUUAAAGAGGGUGUCAUGGUUGCAAAGAAAGAUUUUAUUGCAAAACACCCAGAACUAGAAAACAUCCCCAAUCUUCAUGUUAUUAAAACUAUGCAGUCUUUGAAAUCCAGAGGACAUGUGAAAGAACAGUUUGCUUGGAGACAUUUCUAUUGGUAUCUCACAAAUGAUGGAAUUGAAUACUUACGUGGAUAUCUGCAUUUGCCACCAGAGAUUGUUCCUUCUACUCUGAAGAAACAACCAAGGUCAGAGACUACCAACAGAGGACCCAGACCCACUGCAAUGAGAAGCGAAGGUUCAAAAUCGACAGAAGAUCGCGCGGGAUACAGACGAGGUCCAGGUCUUGCAAAUACCGGUGAUAAAAAAGCCGAUGUUGGCGCGGGUACCGGUGAUCUUGAGUUCCGCGGUGGCUUCGGUCGUGGAAAAGCACUUCAAUAACUACUGUUUUAAUGUAAAGUAAAUAAAUAUCUUAAACUUUUAA